AUGAAUGACAAAGAUCUGUCUCCGGGCGUGACCCUAAAUGAGGUUGUGAUGGGAAUGAUGGACGGUGAUGAAAUUCAGAAUGAUGGGCCAAAGGCACCUGAGAUGGCUACAUCUAGCUGGGCGGACAAAGUGGAGGCAGGAGAUUUUCAGGCAACGGCUCAAAAUCAUUGGCAACAAUUUACAUCGGGUAAGCUUUCCUUUUGUGAUCAGAAACUUGAAUAUGCUGAACCAUUGGUUAAAGAUGGUAAGAGGAUUGCUCCAAUUGAUAUUGAUGAAGUGAAAAGCCAAUCGGCUAACUGGAGUUCUGCUAUCAUUUGUAUGGUUCUUGGAGCAACUCCUCCAAUGGCUGUGUUUGAAGGAUUUACCAAGAUGGUUUGGGGUCAUCUAGGGAUUGCUCAAAUUGCUAGGAUGACAAUGGGUCUGAUUAUGGUCAAGUUUAAUGAUGAGGCUACUCGAGACCAUGUUUUGGAAAAUGGUAUCCUUCAUUUCGACAGAAAACCAUUGAUUAUUCGCCCAUGGGCAACUGAUUUAAGUGCUAUUCGUAUGAUCCGCUCAGUGCCUCUGUUGAUUAGAUUGCAUGAUCUAGGCCUUCAGUAUUGGGGAAGCAAAUGCCUUAGUGCACUAGUUAGUACAAUAGGCAAACCGACAAUGGUAGAUAAGUUUACUCGAGAAAGAUCUAGAGUUCAGUUUGCUAGGAUCCUGGUGGAGGUUAAAAUCACAGACAACCCUCCGCGGAUUAUUCAUUAUUGGAAUGAGCAAGGUCAGCUAGCGGAGCAAUGGGUGGACUAUGAAUGGUUGCCUGUCAAAUGUAAAAUGUGUGAUGGUUAUGGUCAUGCUAUGGCUGAAUGUCGCAAGGAGAUGAAGACUCAAUGGGUUAAGAAGGAUAAUCUCCCCAGAACCUCUCCUGAGGAAGGACGGGAUAAGGAAGAACAAAAUUUGGAUGUAAUACCAACUUUGCCUAAGGAGUUGGCUGAAGGCUCUACUGCAGCAGAGGGAUAG